GCCGGCUUAUUGAACACUUGCCACAAGCAGUUUUACCUGGCGUUAAAAUGGCGAGGUUUUGGCAGCAGCUGAAGGCGCUGGUCCGCAGAAACUGUCUGCUGAAGAUGCGGCACAGGAAGGAGACAUUUCAGGAAAUAUUCUACCCGCUGUAUUUUGUUGGCAUCCUGGCCUUUGUUCGUGCCAUCACAACAACAGUAGCUGACCCCCCACUCCCCAUCAACGGCAGCCGCUUUAACAGCACGCCACUCUUCAGCGGCAGAUUUAUCCAGGCCAUGACAGCAGGGUCCAUCGCUGUGGCCCCCAACAGCUCAGACGUGGCUGACAUCAUGACGAGAGCUGUGCAAAGUUUGAGCAAUGCCACACACCUCCCCCUCCAGCAUAUCAUGUUUGCUACAGAGGAGGCAAUGCAAGAAGCAUAUAAAGCCAAUUCAAGUCUUUACUCAAUUGGGGUUGUGUUUGACCUGGAGUCAACUGGUGACCUCAACUACACCAUUCACCUGCCUUAUUCAUAUGGAGCCUCUACAGAAACAACAACUGUGGGACAAGAUGGAUGCAGACAGGGGGAUGGGCUGGAUAUAGUGAGCUGUCCAGCCAACACAUACUUAUACACAGGGUUUGCUGCACUGCAGGCAGCCAUAGACACUGCUCUUAUAAAUUGGCAAAUCAAUGUGUCGAACAUGGCACUGCCAAACUAUCAAGUGGAGAUGAUGCCCAAACCUUCCUACAGUGGUGGCUACCCCUUCGGUAUCAUCUCAUCCAUCUAUUUUGUGCUGGCCUUCACUCCCUUUGUGGGGAUCCUGACAACCAACCUGGUGUCAGAGAAAGAGAAAAAGAUCAAAGAAGCCAUGAAGAUUAUGGGGCUCAAUGGAAUGGCUUUCUGGGCUGUUAACCUGGAAACCACAUCUGGUACCCAGUUUGACAACAUCGCGACCCUUCCGCCCAACUUCCCUGUCCUGUAUCCUAUCAUCAUGCUGGUUGUGGACACAGUUCUGUACCUACUGCUGGCCUUUUACCUGGAUAAUGUCAUACCUGGGGAGUAUGGGCAACAGCAGCCCUGGUACUUCUGUCUGAUGCCAUCCUUCUGGGCGAGCGAUGACACUAGCCAGGGAGCAGGAGUCAGUUGGGAGGGGGAGCAGCAGGGACAGACAGAUGAAGAUGAAAAUGGUGAUGUGGAGAGGGUACCAACACACCUGCAGGGAAAGCGAGCCAUCAGAAUUGAAAAGCUCCAGAAGGUGUUUAAGAAGAAGACAGGGGAAGUUGAUGAAGAUGUGGUGGCCGUUAAUGGAAUAUCGUUUGACAUCUACGAGGACCAGAUUACUGCCCUCCUGGGACACAACGGUGCAGGAAAGACCACUCUUGUUAACGCUCUAACAGGGUUACUCCCUCCCACUUCUGGUACUGCCACCAUUUUUGGCCAUCAUGUGACCAAACCCAACGAGAUGCAGGGGAUCCGCAGAAUGACGGGACUCUGCCCACAGCAGAACAUCCUGUUUGACAAACUGACUGCUAGAGAGCAUCUCAGGUUCUUUGCUGGUGUGAAGGGCAUUCCUGAGGAGCUGGUGGAUUCUGAGACUGAGAAACUCCUAAGGGAAAUUGAUCUGGAGAAGCAGGCAGACGUCCAUUCUGUGAACCUGAGCGGUGGACAGAAGAGGAAGCUCUGUGUAGGGAUAGCUAUGAUUGGAGACCCAAAGGUCAUCUUCUUGGAUGAGCCAACGAGUGGGAUGGACCCUUACUCACGACGCCAUAUAUGGACAUUGCUGAAGAGGAAGAGGCAAGGGAAGGUCAUCGUCCUGACAACGCACUUCAUGGAUGAAGCUGACAUUCUGGCAGAUCGUAAGGCUAUCAUCUCCAAGGGAACCCUCAGGUGUGCAGGUUCGUCCCUCUUCCUGAAGAACCGAUUUGGGGUUGGCUAUCACCUGGGGAUUGUGACCACACCAAGGUGCAACACUGCUGGGGUGACAGAGAUGAUACAGAGUCAUAUACCAGAGGCCUCGCUGGUCCGCUCCCAUGCGCUGGAGUUGUCCUACACGCUGCCUCUCCACAGAGUGGACAGGUUUGCUGCUUUGUUUGCUGACCUUGAGACCAAAGACAGCAGCGCUGAUGACCUUGGCAUUCAGAACUACGGUGUCUCCAUGACAACCUUGGAGGAAGUGUUUCUGAAACUGAGAGAUGAUGUAAACAUGGAGGACAAGAAAUCACUCAAUGGGACAGUAUCAGGUUCUGUGACAUCUACUAGUUUGGAUGCAGAUAUGAUGAGUGAAGUGAACAUCCAGACCCCCCACCUCAGCCCACAGGAAGGGUAUGAACUCUACACAGACACGGAGCUGACCAAGCGCAGACUGCUUGCAAUGUUUCGGGUGUAUUUUAUCAACAAUAUCAGGAAUAAGGCUGCCAUCUUUUUUCGAUUGGUUAUGCCAAUCAUUUUCCUUGUCAUUGGGGUGGUCCUCCUCAAAGUUCUCCCCAGCGGUGUCCAGGGUGCCUCAAACCCAACCAGACUGGACCUUAGUCCUGGGCUCUACUUGAGGGGAAGAACUGGUCCUCAGUCUUCUGCAGAUUCGUUACUCUACCAGAAUAGCACAGGGUCAAACCUGGAUCAUCUGUUGGUGAACUUUAAGAGCCAAGGCUUCAGCUCUGUCCAGGGGUCAUUGGACAACCUGACCCAUACUGCACCUCACAUGUUAGCAGUGGAUGUGCAGGGCCUGAACAUUUCCACACAGGCUAUUGAAGCAUCCUUUGUGGCACUCUACAAUGACUCAGCCAUCCACUCCAUACCAGUUCUGCUUAACAUUUUAAGUAAUGCCAUAUAUGGAUUGGCUGUGCAAAGCAACGGAAGUGCCCCCUCUGGUACAGUGAUCAGGACUGCAGCUCAGCCCUUUCCAGAAGUCAACCCAACAAUAAAUUUUAAUGGAGCCUUUGGCAUUCUUAUGGUCCUUGGCUUCACAUUGGUUAUACUCCCAGCAGGCUUUGCAAUGGACAUUGUGAAGGACAAAGAGGUAAAGGCUCGUGCCCAGCUUCGGGUGUCUGGAGUGACAUCCAACAUGUACUGGGGAUCUAUAUUCCUGUUUGAUGCCAUUCUGUUUGCCAUCCCUGCAAUGUGUACCCUUAUCAUCAUUGCUGCACUGCAGCUGGAAACCCUGAGCAGCCCAGGUGCAAUGCUGUCCUUGGCCCUGAUCUGCCUGCUGUACAUUCCAAACCAGCUGCUGUUGACCUUCUGUGGAUCCUUCAUGUUCGACAAGUUUGAAACCUGUCAGAGUGUCUGGCCGGGAGUUCUGCAACUGGUUGCCUUUAUUCCUUACUUUGUGGUGUGGCCCAUUGACCUGUUGGCACAGAAGCCAGACGUAGCCUCCAUCGUCCACCAUGUCUUUGCCAUCAUUGACCCCUCAUAUGCCAUAUUUGGUGGUCUGUACUACAUUGACAGGCUGCACAGAAGUUAUGCCAUAGUUGGACGGCCUUUGACGUUCUCAGACUAUUUUGAAUGGUCCAGCAACAUCCCCAUCUGCUAUGUGUCUUUGUUGCUGGGAUGUGUGCCGCUGUACUUUCUCCUGAGAUUCUUGGAUGUCAGGAGUACUGGAGGAGACCCUGUGGAUAUCUGUAGAUGUGGGUCUCAGAAAUCCAGGAAGUCACAUGAGCUGCUGGAUUCUUUCACCAACCCCUCCUACAACACAUUCUCUACUGUGGACACUGGGAAGGAGGAUGACGACAUCGUCAAAGAGCGACACAGAGUCAGCCAAGUCCUGUCAGGUUCAAAUUAUGGCAAGCCACCUGUUGUGACACUCCAGAACCUGACCAAGACGUUCCCCAAAGAUGGUGGCUUCAAGUUGUUUAAGAAGACAAAGGAAGAACAGUACAAGACUGCCGUGAGUCAGCUGACCCUGGGGGUGGAGUCUGGGGAGGUGUUUGGCCUGCUGGGGCCCAAUGGUGCAGGGAAAACUACAGCCAUGAACGUCAUUACAGCUGAUAUGGCUCCAUCAGAGGGCAGGGUGUGUGUAGCGGGGCAUGAUAUCUUGUCCAGUCUGUCCGAGGCUUUCCAAGCCAUGGGAUACUGUCCGCAGACAGAUGCAUUGUGGGAGCUGGUCACGCUGCGCGAACACCUGGAGAUCUACGCAGCCAUGCGAGGCAUGAAGGACAAGGACAUCAAGGUCAUCUGUGACCACUUUAUUGAGUCUAUGGAGAUAGAGGAACAUGCACAGAAGAGAAGUUCAGCUUUGUCUGGUGGCACCAAAAGAAAGCUGAGUUUUGCGAUGAGCAUGCUGGGAAACACUCAAGUUGUUCUGAUGGACGAGCCAUCCACUGGUAUGGACCCUGGAGCCAAGCGCUUUCUGUGGAACACCAUCAGUGCUGCCUUCAGAGAUAGCAGCCGAGGAGCCAUACUCACGACUCACUCCAUGGAGGAGGCUGAUGCUCUGUGCUCCCGUGUUGGGAUCAUGGUCAAUGGUCAGCUCAAGUGUCUUGGUUCUACCCAGCAUCUAAAGAACAAGUAUGGAAGUGGGUACAUUCUAGAAGUCAAGGUCAAGGAACAGUCAGAAGACAUCAAUAAUGACCUUGACGCAAGCCUUGAUCGACUGGACAGUUUUGUCCACGACCUUUUCCCUGAUGCUGCUGAGGCAGAGGUCAUCAGUAACCAUGUGACAUACAACAUCCCCAAGGAAGAUGUCAGGUCCUUAGCUAGAGUCUUCACAGCUCUAGAAGAGGGAAAGACAAAUGUUGGAAUAGAAGAAUACAGUUUCAGCCAGUCUACUUUGGAGCAGGUGUUCCUCCAGUUUGCCCGUCUUCAGGAGGAUGAGGAUGGGGAGGAGGACCAGGGUAUCAGACGGAAGAGCAUCAAACGGCAGAGAUCACUUAGUGGGAGGAGUCUAGAUGAAAAUACUGAGCUGGUCUGAGUCUUACCUAUACCUUUGUUUGUUUAUUGGUUGCUUAAAAUUUUGCAGUCUUGAAGAAGAUAAUUGAAAACAUUCAACACUAACCAAGGACGUCCUUGCACUAACGCUCUAACAACUAACAAAAUGAUAGUUCAUAGUUGCCAGAAACUCAGGUCCUUUCGAAAUCUGUCUUUUGAAACUAUGCUAAAAAUUUAUUAUCAAAAUGAUAUUCUUGAUAGUCCUUGAGAGAUUUUAUCAUGAGUGUAUGAAAAUAUAAAUUAUGCAUCAGAUAUUUUAGGGGAAAGUAUUUUAAGUUACCUAGAAGGAAAUAUUGGAAUAUCUUGAGUGAUGACCUUACCUCACUAAUGUAAGUUGUGUAUUAUGUGUAAUAUUGCCGUAUUGCUGCAUUACAUUUAAGUAUAUUUUAACUG